AAAAAUAAAUGAAAUUUGGAAGGAUCAUUUGAAAAAUAAUAAUAGUAAUAAACACAUAAAUAAUUUAAAAAAGAAAAGGCUGUUCUCUUUUCUAAAAGUCUCUCUUAGUGCUUCUGCAGGCAAUCCCUGCCUCUCCAAGAGAUUCUACCUUACGCCACCUCAAAUCAAAACCACUGUCUUCUGCUGACUCUGCCUGGAAAAGGAGCUUCUCCCUCAGACCCACCACUGCAGCCCCCUGUUCCCAUGCAGGCCAGCCAGAACACCCAGAGCCACACAGAGAGAGCCAUAGAAAGUACCAUCCAUCCUUCCUGAAAGAAAUUAUUCUUCCUUCUGAAAAUCAGACUCUGGUCAUGAGAUGAAACCAUUCUCUCACCACCUCCUGUGGAUAUUUCCCUUGUCUGAUUUCACCACUCAUCCCGACAUACUACAGAAAGACAUGAGAGAGACCAAAAACACAUCCCUGGACACCGUCGUGACAGGCUUCAUUCUCCUGGGCUUACCUCACCCCCCCAGUCUGAGGACCCUCCUCUUCCUGGUCUUCUUCAUCAUUUACAUCCUGACUCAACUGGGGAACCUGCUCAUUCUGCUCACCGUGUGGGCUGACCCAAAGCUCCACACUCGCCCCAUGUACAUUCUUCUGGGCGUGCUCUCAUUCCUGGACAUGUGGCUCUCCUCAGUCAUUGUCCCUCGGCUAAUAUUGGAUUUUACUCCUGCCAGCAAGGCAAUGCCCUUUGGUGGCUGUGUGGCUCAACUGUAUUUCUUUCACUUCCUGGGCAGUACCCAGUGUUUCCUCUACACCUUGAUGGCCUACGACAGGUACCUGGCAAUAUGCCAGCCCCUGCGCUACCCCGUGCUCAUGAAUGGGAGGUUAUGCACCAUCCUUGUGGCUGGGGCUUGGGUGGCCGGCUCCAUCCAUGGGUCUGUCCAGGCCACCCUGACUUUCCGUCUGCCAUACUGUGGGCCCAACCAAGUGGAUUAUUUUUUCUGUGACAUCCCUGCAGUAUUGAGACUGGCCUGUGCUGACACAACCGUCAAUGAGCUUGUGACCUUUGUGGACAUUGGGAUGGUGGCUGCCAGUUGCUUCAUGUUAAUUCUGCUCUCCUACGCCUGCAUAGUCCGCGCCAUCCUCAAGAUAUGCACUGCUGAUGGGCGGCGCCGAGCCUUCUCCACCUGCGGCUCCCACCUAACCGUGGUCACAGUCUACUAUGUCCCCUGCAUUUUUACCUACCUCAGGGCUGGCUCCAAGAGUCCCCUGGAUGAGGCAGUGGCUGUGUUUUACACUGUUGUCACUCCAUUACUGAACCCCCUCAUCUAUACCCUGAGGAACCAGGAAGUGAAGUCCGCUCUGAAGAGAAUAACAGCAGGUGGAAAGGCCACCAGAGAAAACAAGUAACUACAGGCCCAGGGACUUCCUGCCUCACCAUUGCUACCACACCUCUCAGCUUCUGCUGCAUGUGGCAAACGUUCAAAAAUAUAUGUUGGCUUAAGCUGAACUGGAUGUAAUUCUACUAAGAAGCUUCUAGUGCUAUAUUUAACCGCAAUAAAUUGGCCAGAGCUGUUUUAUACUUUUCCGAUACACCUCUCAGGAGAAAGCACACUCUACACAAAUGUUGAAUAUGAGGAGUAAUGCCCUAUCUAGGAGGAGGGGGAUUAUUCCAGAAAAAUUGGGGAAUACCAGUAUAAUGCUACCCUACCACCCUCCAUCCAUUGCUUCAGUCAUAAUUUCCCAAGCCUCUAGGCACUUGGAUCGCUUUGCUCACAUCAGGGAGAUGAAUCACCUACCAACAUUCACUUCGGAAUUUUAAGUGAGAAGAAAACAAACCUCUAAUCCUUUAAAUCAUGGAUUUGUUAAUGGAUUACUUUAUCGCAGGAGCCUUACCUCAUCCUUAUUAAUAUUUCACUCAAUCAGCAAUUUUUUAAAAAUUAAAACAGAACCAGGAAAGACUUUCAAACUACAUCUAAAUUGUCCAAAGUAUCCAGAAAAAACUCUUGGCCAAUUAUCAUAAUGCCAAAUAGACAAAGAUCUGGAAGUCACCUGGUUAGUGAUUCAGUGGACCAAUCAGUUAAUCACACAAUAUCCCUCUGACCAGGCCAGAGUGAUAGAAAUGACCUUGACUUACCCACUGUGACCUGUCAUGGUCUUAUCUAGAAGAACAAGAAAAUAUGGAGACAGAGGACUCAGUUGCAAUAUAAGAGCAAGUGUCAAUAGCUCUUUUAGAAAAUGAGGGACCACAUAAAUGUGUUCUUUCAUUUACUCACAGU